AUGGUGGACCUCAUGGCUGCAGCUGAUCCAGUCGUGCUUAGGGGUGUCGUCAAGUUCGCCGUCAACUUGUCCCACGAAGAGCUUCAUUCAUAUCUUUUCUCACAGGUUGCGCCGAGCCAUGAGAAGGAGACGGACAGUGAAAAGAGGCCUUGUGUUGGUAAAAGGUCAGUGUCGAUCUCGGCUUCUGUUACCGAGGACAAUCAUGAGUAG